AUGGAUUGUUCUACGGAUUGGACAAUGAAAUUGAUUUGUCAAAAUGAAAAUGGACAAGAUGUAUUUGCCACUUCUUCGAUGUGUUAUUCAAAUGCCAUAAAGAGUUGGGGAUGGAGUCAAUUUUCGAAAUGGGAUGAUUUGAUCACAGAUGAAUAUAUGAAGAAUGAUUCAAUUAUUAUUGACAUUGAUUUAAGCUUCAAAUAUUAUGAUUUCUCAAAGAAUAUUCUAAAUCUCACUGAUAUCACUUUCAAAGUUGAAGAUGUUGAAUUUUACACAAGCAAAGCGGUCAGUUUAAAUAAAUUAUUUUCCAUUUUCUAGAAUUUCUUCAGAUUUUGUGCAUGCAAUCUGAAUAUUUCUAUGAUUUGUUCAUCAAUAAAAAACACGAAGAAACUGUGUUGGAAAUCAAAGAUGUUGAAUUGGAUGAUUUUAGAUUUUUUAUGGCAUCAUUUUAUCUUUUUUUCAACACUAUCGAAGAAAAAAAUUAUGAGAAACUCAUCGAAUUGGCUGAAAAAUACAAAGUUCCAACUUUGCAUAAAAAUUGUGAGCAAUAUUUGUUGAAAAAUGUCAAAAUUUCAGUGGAAAAGAAAUUGGAAUAUGCUGACAAAUAUGAUUAUUAUGAUUUGUUGGUUAGUUUUCUUUAAAAAUAAACCAAUGAAUUUAAAAUGGAUUUCUCAGAAACACUGCGUCAAAUCCUUGGAUAAUGCUCAAAAAAUCAAAAAUAUUCAAAAAUCGGUCGAAUUCCACAAAUUCAAAGAAUCCACAAAACUCAUGAUUAUGAAAAGAGUUUUGGAUUUUUGUUAA